UGAAUCCCACCCACGCUUGGACGAGACAAGAGCCGGCAGCCCGCAGCCGUGGGCCGUGGCUUGGCUGGCUCCCACCCCCCGCCAGCUCAGACCACAGGCUAUCUCGCGUUCGAAAUGGCGGGAGCUCUGUUUGGAUUCGGGGUUAAUCUCGUGAUAAGACGUUUCUAAGCUCUGUCCACACACAUCUCGACUACCUGUGGGCUGUGGCUGCUACUCCUGCAGUUUGUUUUGCUUCGUCAAGCAAACGCUUCGCCCUUCAGCCUCAGAUCUUUACUGCCCGGGGUUCAAUAAGAGGUGGCAGACAACAUAUAUAGAGGAGGAGGGGUUUCAUUUGUUCACUCUUGAGACAUCUCUCAGUGUCACAAGUAAAGGUGUAAUCUGGAGUUACAGCAUCAUAUGAUCUCAAGUAUGAACACUUUGGUCUAGAUCUGCUUUUUGGCAAAGAAAUACCAAAGCUUGUCCACAUAAGAACCUUCAGCAGUUCAGCAUGACAAAGACACACAAAAUUAGGAAGUCCAAACAUCUUCUGGAGAACAAAAAGGGUGUUGAUGAGAACGUGGAAAGUAUUCUUCGUAUAAUCAGAGAGGAGAAUGAGAUGCCUGAGACUGAAGUAGAUGAUUCUGGAAAUACCUUCAAGAAAUCAAAACUAUCCUCCCUUGUGAAGGGUUUCCACGAAGAAUAUCAAUAUCUGCACAAGCACUGCAAACAGCUCAUUAGUAAACUAGAAAAUGUUGGGCACAGUUCCACAGGUUCAGAUUCGUCUGAUUCAGACUCAGAGGGAGACAGAUCAGACAACGAUGUUGCUGAGACAAAAGUAGACACGCUCAAUGAAGAAAAUGACUGGAAGCAGCUUACUGAAGAUAAUCAAGGCACAGAACGAAGUGUGGAAGCAGAAAUUCAGAAACUGAAACAAAAUGCAGAUGAACAAGCAAAGGAAAUAUCAAAUCUGAAGCAGCUAUUGGAUGAAGCACUAAAUGAUAAAGAAUCAACCAGGAUAGAGUUUAGUUCAGAUGUAGCAAAUUUGUCAUCUGAGAAUGAAAAUCUAAAAUUAUUGGUCAAAAGUGCAGAGGGGAAGACAGGGGAAUUACUGAAGGCAUUAGCAGUCGUGGAGAAUGAGAUCAGAACAUUAUCCAGUGAGAAGCAAAUUAUCGAAACAGAGAGAGAGGACCUGAAGAUUUCAAUUGUACGCCUGGAGAACAAGAGGGAAGAUAUGAGCAAUCAGCUGCAUCAUACAGUGGAGAAAUGCACCUUCUUGUCAUCCCAACUUGAGAAGGCCCAGCUAGCUGAGAAAGAAGUGCAGAACUUUUUAUUGGAAAAAAAGAAGAUGAUGAAUCAAAACUUGAUGAUGUCAGUGGAGUAUGAUAACCUGAAAGCACAACAGAAGAAUUUUGAUAUCGAGUGUUCCCAGCUGAAGGCAACUCUUGCUGAAAUCAAAGCUGAAAACGAGUCCUUGCUUGGAGAAAACCAUUCACUUGAAAGCAAACUUCAACUUUCAGGGAUGGAGAUAGAUGGUAUGACACUGGAGAAAGAGGAGUUAAUGAACAAUCUGAACAAGGAACGUGCUUAUGCACAAGAAGAAAAAUUAAGACUAGUAUCAGAACAAUCCAAGUGUUUGAAUGAGUUGGAGAAGGCACAUUCUAGCGUCAAGGAACUAGAAAAGGAACUGGAAUCAACAAAAGUUGCCCUGAAUGAUAAUAUUGCAGAGCUACAUAGAGAGAAGAAUUCUGCAGCACUAGAGCUAAAACAAUUGGAAGCUUCUUUAAAGAAACUUGAGAAUGAAGUCGAACAGCAACUUGAGCAAAUUUCAGUUAUGCAGAAGGGAAACAAAGACCUAGAGUUGACGAAUUCCAAUCUAAAUAACGAGCUUACAGCAGUAAAAGGGCAAAAGAAUGAAGCUGUUGCUUCAACUAUUGAUCUUGAAAGUAAGAUGCAACAGAAACACGAACAAAUUUCAAAUCUUCAGGAGACCAUUGAAGACUUAAGUGGAAUAAAGACUGAUAUGGACAAUGAGGUUAUAGUACAACAGGAGGAGAAAAAAUCAGCACUUGCACAGUUACAACAGUCAGAGGCCGACUUGAAGAACCUUCAAAGCGAGAUGGAACAGAAACAAACCCAAAUUUCAGUUCUCCAGCAAGCUAAUGAAGAACUGCAGGAGGAAAAUUAUAGCUUGGAUAGGCAACUGGAAGAAGCUAAGACUAAUCUGCAAGCAAAGAUCAUUCUGAUACAAGGAGAGAAGGAACAAGCCCUUGAUAAUUUGCAGCAGUCAAGCAUUUUAGUCAAUACCCUUGAAUCUGAGUUAGAGCAGCAAAGAGAACAAAACAAUAUUCUACAGCUUGCAAAUGAAGAUCUGCAGAAGUGUAAUGCUAACCUGAAGAAAGAAUCUGAAUAUGCCAUGGUUAGUCUCCAUGCAGAAAUUAUAGCACUUCAAGAAGAGAAGAACAAAACACUUUCAGAGUUACAGCAGUCUGAGGCUUCCAUCAAGAACUAUAGGAUUGAGUUAGAGCAAGCACAAGAGCGAAUUUUGAUCUUGCAUCUAGCUAAUGAAGAUAUGAAGAACGUCAAUGCUAGCCUGGAAAAGCAAUUUGAGGAAUCACGGACCAACUUUCUUGAGGAUAAUGUAGCACUACGCAAAGAGAAGGAAACAGCCCUGUCAGAGUUACAUCAGUCUCACGCUUCCAUCAUGAACUUUGAGAGAGAACUAGAAAAGCAAAGUGGAACUGUUUCAGCUCUAGAGAAAGCUAAUGAGGACUUGCAGCGGAACAGUUGUGACCUGACCAAACAAUUCGAAGAAGUCAAGGUUGAGUUGCAGAAGGAGAUUAAAGUGGCACAAGAAGAGAAAGAUACCGUAUUAACCCAAUUACAGGAGUCAGAGUUCUCUAUAAAAAACCUUGAAUGUCAGGUAGCUCAGCUGAAGGAGGAUAUUUCAGUUCAGCUAGAAAAUAAUUACAGCAUGGACAAGCAUUUGGAGGAAACUAGGGCCAUCCUGCAUGCAGAUAUUCUAGCACUUCGCGAAGAGAAGGAAACAGCUCUCUCAGAGUUACAGCAGUCUCAAGCUUCUAUGAUGAUCUGUGAGCGCGAGCUAGAAAAGCAAAGGCAGAGCAUUUCAGCUCUACAACAAGCUAAUGAUGAAUCAGAAAAGAACAACUAUGCUUUGACCAAACAAUUGGAAGACUUUCAGGUUGAGUUACAGAAGAAGAUUAAGGUGGCACAAGAAGAGAAGGAUACACUAUUAACACAACUAAAGCAGUCAGAGUCUUCUAUCAAGAAUCUUAAAUGUGAGAUAGUGAAACUGAAGGAAAAUCUUUCAAUUCAGUUGAAAAACAAUUCUAGCUUGGAAGAACAGUUUGAAGAGGCAAUAUUAAAAGUUUCUAACUUACACGAGAAACUCGAGAAGGUUCAAGCUGAGGCAGAUAGUCAAAUUAGUGAUAUGAAUAGUAAUGCAAAAGAUUUGGAGAAGAUAAUCGACAUAUUGUCAUCUCAGAAGGGAAAGGUGGAGGAAGAUCUGAAAAUUAUGAUUAAAACAUGCGCGGAAAACAUGUCCUUCAUGAAUAAAUUCGAAGAUAGAGUUAAGCAGAAAAUUACAGAUCAUGACACAGAACUUGCUGUUCUCGAGCAGAGCAUCAGAGGGAUACUUAGCAGUUGUCAGAGACUUCAGCAUAGAUAUGAUGAGGUAUCCACAAAGGCGUCCCAGCUUGAGGUACUCAAGCAAAAUCAGAUUGAGAAAAUAGAUCAACUAGAGGAGAAAAACACUGGAAUUUUGGACAAACAUCAUCAUUUGGAAGCGGAAAAGUUAUAUGCAAAUAAGGAGAAUGCAAAGCUACAAAAGCAUGUGCAGGAACUUGAAGUUCAACUCCAGCUAGCCAAGCAGAAGCUUAAAGUUACUGAUGCAGAGAGCAGAUGCAAAGAAAACAGCUAUAUCAUGAAAGUGCAAACAUCACAGGCUGAGAUCGGGCAUCUUGAAAAACAAAUACAGGUGUUUUCUGGAAGGAUCAGCUCGCUGGAAGAAACUCUCAUGCAAAUAAAAGAAAGUGCCGAGUCAGUGGUCUGUAAAUUGGCCAGUCAACUGGAUGAGCUUGAAUCACACUCCAGUCAGAGUUUGGCACACUUCAUUGCCCGAUUUUCUGCAUGCAGUGAAGAGCUCAGUGUCCUAAAGGAUAAGUUACACCACCAUCUUGAUGAGCAGAAAGCAUUGCUCAAGGAAAACAACGAGUUGGCUAUUAGAUUGAAAAAGAAAGAAAAGGUGAUGUCAGAAAUGGUUAGUAGUGCUGCUGAGGCAGAUGAGAGGAUGGUUCAACUUGAGAAGAUAAUUGAAGAAAAAGAUGAUGAGCUAGCAGCUCGAGUGCAAGAGAAAAGAGAAGCCAUCAAGCAGCUGAGUGAUACAAUUGAUUACCACAAGAACAACAACGAUGAUCUGGUCUGCUACAUUCGUAGCCAGAGCCGCCCUCGCCUUCCAUUCUGUCUGUAAAUUUGGUCACCAAAAGUUCAUUGCCGAUAGGUGUAAAGGUUGCAUUGUAUCAGUGAACAUUAGCACAUAAUUUAUUGCCAUUUUUUCAUGUAUUAUAUAUAGUGCUCAAACACAUUUUGGAAGUAGUCACAUAGGUUGUGGCUUCUGUGUUCUAUUGGCAUUGGGAGUUGUAAAGACACUUACUAUUCCUUCUAUUAUAUAUAUCAUCCUACUGGAGUUAUAUAUCAA